GGCCGUCCUGGGCGGCGAUGGCGGCACAGCAGCACUCCUUGAAACUCUCUUGCCCAGCGGAGCCUGUGCGACACAACGCAGCUCAUUCGCUCGAAAAUAGACGACCGGCGUGAACCUCGCGAAGCCGCUGACCCGUAACUACCAGUUGAGGAAGUAGGGAGAAAGCUAGCGGAGCACAACAAUGCGCUCUGUCGCGGUACUCUCCCUCGCGGUGGGCACGUCGUACGGCUUCGCGCCGGCGCGGAGCCCGCCGCGGGCCCGCCGCGGCGCGCCGCUGCGCGCGGCCGUGGGCGGCGCGCCGCGGACGCUCUUCGACAAGAUCUGGGACGACCACCUCGUCGUGCCCGAGGACGAGACCGGCGCGGCGCUCAUCUACAUCGACCGCCACCUGAUCCACGAGGUGACGUCGCCGCAGGCCUUCGAGGGCCUGCGCCUCGCCGGCCGGGCCGUGCGGCGGCCCGACUGCACGCUCGCGACGGUGGACCACAACGUGCCGACGUCGAACCGCGACGCCUUCCACGCGGGCAGCGAGGCCGUCGAGGCCUUCCUGGCCGACGUCGCGUCGCGGACCCAGGUGCAGGCGCUCGAGCGGAACGUCGAGGACUUCGGCGUCAAGUACUUCGGCAUGGCCGACAAGCGCCAGGGCAUCGUGCACAUCAUCGGGCCCGAGCAGGGCUUCACGCUGCCCGGCACGACCUGCGUCUGCGGCGACUCGCACACGGCGACGCACGGCGCGUUCGGCGCGCUCGCGUUCGGCAUCGGCACGAGCGAGGUCGAGCACGUGCUCGCGACGCAGACGCUGCCCCAGAAGAAGGCGAAGAACAUGCUCGUGCGCGUCGACGGCGCGCUGCGCCCGGGCGUGACGUCGAAGGACGUCGUGCUCCACGUCUGCGGCCGCAUCGGCACGGCCGGCGGCACGGGCUGCGCCAUCGAGUUCGCCGGCGAGGCCAUCCGCGGCCUCUCGAUGGAGGGGCGCAUGUCCAUCUCGAACAUGGCCAUCGAGGCCGGCGCGCGCGCGGGCCUCAUCGCGCCCGACGCGACGACGUACGCCUACCUCGAGGGCCGGCCCAUGUGCCCCACGGGCGCCGAGUGGGCCCGCGCCGUCGCCUACUGGGAGACGCUCGCGAGCGACGCCGGCGCCGCGUACGACGAGACGGUCGUCAUCGACGCGGCCGACAUCGCGCCCACGGUCACGUGGGGCACGUCGCCGCAGGACACGGCGCCGAUCGACGGCGUCGUGCCGGACCCGGCGGACGCGCCGUCGGAGCAGCGCGCGGCGGCGAUGCGGCGCUCGCUCGCGUACAUGGGCCUCGAGCCGGGCACGCGGCUCGCGGACGUGCCCGUCGACCGCGUCUUCAUCGGCUCCUGCACGAACGGCCGCAUCGAGGACAUGCGCGCCGUCGCCGCCGUCGCCGCCGGCCGCACCGUCGCGCCGAACGUCAUCGACGCCAUGGUCGUGCCCGGCUCGGGCCUCGUCAAGGAGCAGGCCGAGGCCGAGGGCCUCGACGAGAUUUUGAAAGCGGCGGGCUUCCAGUGGCGCGAGCCCGGCUGCUCCAUGUGCCUCGCGAUGAACCCCGACAAGCUGCGGCCCGAGGAGCGCUGCGCGUCGACGUCGAACCGCAACUUCGAGGGCCGCCAAGGGCCCGGCGGGCGCACGCACCUCAUGUCGCCCGCCAUGGCCGCGGCGGCCGCCGUCACGGGCCGCCUCGCGGACGUGCGCGCGCUCGUCCCCGACGCGCGCGCGCUCGACGCGGCCAUCGCCGAGCCGGCGGCGACGCCGACGCUCGACGCCUUCCGCGAGCAGGCCGUGCCGUCGGCCGGCGCCGUCGUGAACGCGGGCGGCGGCGCCGGCGCCGGCGGCGCCGCGGGCAUCCCGCCGUUCACGACGCUCACGGGCCUCGCCGCGCCGCUCGACAUCGAGAACGUCGACACGGACAUGAUCAUCCCCAAGGAGUUCCUCAAGACCAUCAAGCGGUCGGGCCUCGGCUUCGCGGCCUUCGCCGAGCUCCGCUACGUGAACGCCGUCGACGUCGCGACGACGGGCGACCCGGCCGUCGCCGAGCUCCGCGAGGACUUCGUGCUCAACCGGGCGCCCUGGAAGGACGGCGCGGCGAAGAUCAUCAUCGCGGGCGACAACUUCGGCUGCGGCUCGUCGCGCGAGCACGCGCCGUGGUCGAUCAACGACCUCGGCGUGCGCUGCAUCGUCUCGACGUCCUUCGCCGACAUCUUCUUCAACAACUGCUUCAAGAACGGCAUGCUGCCCAUCACGCUCGCGCGCGACGAGGUCGAGGCGCUGCUCGCGCACGCCGAGGCCGGCGGCGAGGUCACGGUCGACCUCGAGGCGCAGACCGUGCGGCGCGCCGACGGCGAGGGGCCCGCCUACGCCUUCGACGUCGACCCCUUCCGCAAGAACAACCUGCUCAACGGCCUCGACGACAUCGGGCUCACGCUGCUCAAAACCGACGCCAUCGCCGACUUCGAGGCGCGCCGCUCGGACGAGUGGCCCUGGCUCGACGGCGCGACGACGCGCGUCCCCGACGACAUGCUCGUGCCCGCGGCGGGCGGCGAGGUCGUGGCGGCGCGCUAGUCGGUCUGGCCUCCCGCCGCGUCCUUUGCCGUAAGCGGGGUUUCUGUAUCU